CUGAGAGGAUUACACGGCGCCGCUGGAGAACCUCCAUCGGCGCCGCGGCUCUUUGUUCGUCUUCUCGUCUUCCGUCCGGUGGCGUGAGAGACGAGCGUGUCCGGGCCGAGGAUGCAGCGCGGAGACGUCAGCAGAGGAGGCUGACUCCAGGGACUGCGGACUACCGAGCUCCACCCGGCUUCCCCCCGGCCGCCCCCCUCCUCCGGGGGGACAUGUGUCCCCGGCUCCCGGCCCUCCUCGUCUCCCUCCUCGCCCUCCACUCCCCGCCGUCUCUUCUCCCGACCGCCGGCUGCUCGCCCCCGUGUCCGCCGCGCUGCGCCUGUUACGAGCACGCCGACCUGGUGGACUGCCGCGACCGCGCGCUGCAGCGCGUGCCCGCCGGCGUCCCGCGCGGCACCUGGCUGAUGGAGCUGGGCGGGAACAACCUGAGCCACAUCGCCGGCGGGGCCUUCGCCGGCCUGUGGUCCCUGAGGGUCCUGGUGCUCACGGACAGCCGCAUCCGGGACCUGCAGCCGCAGGCCUUCCUCUCGCUGCCCGUCCUGGAGCAGCUGGACCUGAGCUGGAACCGGCUGGCGGCGCUGCCGGACGACCUCUCCAACGGCCUCCCGGCCCUCAGGGAGCUGCGGCUCGACCACAACCGGCUGCAGCGCGUCUCCGGCAGCAGCUUCCAGCAUCUGGACCACCUGGAGAAGCUGCUGUCUGACUACCCGUCUGUCUGA